UUGUAUGCACGCCAUUUUGUAAUUGUGAACAUGUUGAUCUGUUCAUAAAAAUGAUUUUCUUGACGCAAAUUAAUAUUUUAAAUAGUAUAGUUGAUUAAAAUAUUUUAUUUAUGAUAGAGUAAAUACAAAAUGGAUAUGGCGGAGGUCAAAGCGUUCAACGCGGAGUUAUCCGGGUUGUACGAGAAUCGGCCUCCGAUUUCCAAGGCAAAAAUGAGUGCUAUCACUAGAGGUGCUAUCAAAGCCAUAAAAUUCUACAAGCACGUCGUACACAGUGUGGAAAAGUUCAUACAGAAGUGUAAACCUGAAUACAAAGUUCCUGGUCUGUACGUGAUCGAUUCAAUAGUAAGACAGUCACGGCACCAGUUUGGCCAGGACAAGGACGUGUUCGCGCCAAGGUUCGCCAAAAACAUGCAACAGACAUUCGCUAACCUGUUCAGGUGUCCUGAUGAAGAUAAGCGCAACAUAAUCAGAGUUCUGAAUCUGUGGCAGAAGAAUAAUGUGUUUGGACCUGAAGUGAUCCAACCACUGCUAGAUCUGGCCGACCCAAGUCAUCCUUUGCAUUUGGAAAUACAGAACCAGAAUAACACAACCAAUGGAAGCAUAAACAUGAGUCAUAACACAUCAGACAGCAAGAUCUCCCCCGCUCGGCAGGACUCCCCACAGACAUCCUCGCCCAUGGGAGAUGCAUUUCAAGAUGACUCCUCGCCUGGUCCUCAAGCCAAAUUCAACCGCAAGCUCCUCAAUGAUUUUGAGUAUGAAAGUGAAGAUGAACAAGAACCUCCCCCGCAGCCACCACAUCCGCCACAUCCGCCACACGCGCCACAUCCGCCACAUUCGAGCCACGCCACACACACAACACACAACCCUACAGAUGCUCUUGGCAGUAUACUAACAAAUCCAGAAAUUAUGAGGCAGCUACAAAGUCUACAAGCCCAGAUGCAGCUCAUGACGGGCAUGCAGAUCCCAAAUUUGAUGCCGAUGAUGUCAGACAUGCAACUUCAGCAGAACCAAAAUUCAAACGCACCAUUCUUAAACUCUCAGACAGAACAACAGAAACCCGCAGAGCCCAAGGAGGACCUCGCCAACGAGUCCGACAUAGAGUUCGUGGAGACCGGACCCCAGGUCAUCGAGAUACCCGACGCCAACGACUCCCGGUCGCCCUCGCCGAGGCGACGACAUCGCUCCCGGUCGAGGAGUCCACGCCGGAGGAGGAGGACGCGCUCCCCGCGGAGAAGGAGGGACAAGGACCGCGAUCGAGACCGCGACAAGACGCACAAGGAGAGGGAGGCCGAGAAAGAGCGCCAGCGGGAGAGGGAGAAGAGGGGCCUACCACCCAUCAAGAAAGAGAACCUCAGUGUGUGCAGCACCACGCUGUGGGUCGGCCGGCUGUCCAAACAGGCCACGCCCGAGGAGCUGUGGGACCUGUUCGGGGCCGUGGGCGGCGUGGCGGCCGUGGACGUGGUGGCGCCUCGGGGCUGCGCUUUCGUCGUCAUGGAGCGGCGCCGGGACGCCGCGCGCGCGCUCGCCAAGCUGCACCGACACAAACUGCACUCCAAAGAGAUAGACGUCGCCUGGGCGGCCGGCAAGGGCGUCAAAGGCCGCGAAUGGAAGGACUACUGGGAGGCGGAGCUCGGGGUCGCUUACUUGCCCUGGAGCGCCCUCCACGCGCGCUGGCUGCUGGGCGCGCUGUCGCUGGACGCGCUCGAGGACGGCGGGGCCGUGGACGAGGACACGCUGCCGCCUUGGCUCCCGCCCAGGAUACUGCCUAAGUCUGUCGGGGAGGCCGUGCCGUUGAUGGGCGCGCUGCCCGCUCCGCUGCCGCUGCCCACCGGGUUGCCGCGUCUGCCGCCACCCGGCCUGGGCGCUCCGCCACCCGCCGCGGGCUACCCCGGCCUGGGCUCACUGGCGCCGCACCAGCUGCUGAACGAGUCGCCGGGCUCUUCGGCGCCGGGUCUGCAGCGCGACCCGCUGCUAGCCUUCCCGCCCGCCCUGCCUCCCCACACCAUGCCGCAGCCCGGCUUGGUGGGUGGCUUCCUGGGCGGUCUGAUGGGUGUCGGAGUGGGACACAUGAACGUCGGCGGGCUCGUGCUACCCCUUCACCCGGCCCACGCCCACGCGGCGCACUCCCACGCGCAGGUCCACACGCAUGCACACCCGCACGCCCCGCCACACGCCCCGCCGCACGCACUCGUCCCUCAGGUGGGUCAACGAGCCGAGGUGGCGGAUGACGCCAUGGAGCUGGACAAUGACGACCAGACGGACGAGCCCCCAGCCCCCGCGGCCCCUCCGGCCCCAGCGCCGGCGCCCGCACUCGGUCUUCCGCCUCCCGCCGUGCCCCCGCCGUUGUCUAUGGACCAGCUUCAGGUCCUGUUGUCGAAGCCGCCGCCGACUUUCAACUCCGCGGAGCCUCCGCCUGGGUUCAAUCCGGAGUCUUUCGAGACGGAGGAGACUCCGGACGAGCGCCGCGAACGGGACAAGGAGCGACGGGACAGAGACCGGGACAGGGACCGGGACCGACGGGACCGGCGCGACGACCGACCGGACCGACCCGGGGGGCGCAGGGAGAGGGACCGGCCGCGGGACAGGGACAGGGAGAGAGAUGAGCGCCGGGAGAGAGACCGAGGAGGACGGGAGAGAAGAGACCGGGACAGGGACAGGGAGAGGGACAGGUUCCCCAGGGAGAACAACAACGAGAAAAGUCAGAAGUCUCCACGGAGUCAGGCCGGCGAGGCGGGCGGCGCGGAGAAGACGCUGCAGGAGAGGCUGUGGGAGAUGGCCAACGGGAAGACGAGUGACGGAGACGAGCUCGAGCCCCGAGCGGACAGGCCUCCGCUCAUAGAACGACCGCCUCUCAUGGAGCGGCCGCAGACAGCGGACAGCAAGGUUCGUCUCCGCGGUCCCGGCGGAGGGGGUGGUCCUCGUCCGCCGCCGCGCGCACCGUGGCUGGCUCCGCGCUUCAAUGGUUUGGGUCCGCCUUUCGUACGUCCUCCAUUCGAGAGGCCCCCGUUUGAGGGUCCUCCGAUGUUCGAGAGGCCGCCGUUCGGCCGGAUGCCGUUCGACGGCGCGCGGCCUCCUUUCGACGGUCCCCGGCCUCCGGGUCCACGCCUGCCUUUCGAUGCGCCGAGGCCUUUCGACGGGCCGCGCCCCCCAUUCGAUGUACCGCGCCCUCCCUUUGACGUUCCGAGGCCACCGUUCGAAGGUCAGCGACCUCCCUUCGACGGACCGCGACCUCUCUUCGACGGUCCGAGGCCUCCGUUCGAUGGUUUCGAAGGAGAUAGAUCAUUCGACGGACCCAGAUUCGACGGGCCCCCCGAGUUCUUCGACAGAGGCAACAGAAGAUUCGAUGAUAGAGAUUUCAACGAGAGAGGCUGGAACGGAGAUAGAGACUUCGACCGAAGGACAGAAUGGGAGGACAGGAGGAGAGAACGCAGAGGGAGAGAUAACGAGGAACGGUUCAGGGAGCGAGGGGGGAGGGGGAGAAACUACGACGAGAGAGCGAGACCGAGAGACGAGAGGAACACCCGGAGAGACAAGGACAGGAAGUCGAGAUGGGGAGCGGCGGACGAGGCGGGGCAGGGGACAGAAGACGGCAAGGGGAAAGACACCGCGAGUGAGAGACGAGAGGCAGAGAACGACGACCGGAACGAAACACACGACACGCACACUAGCAGGACCAGCGGAGAGGAACAGAGGUCAGAAGGUGACGUGGGGCGAGAGGACACCGGGGCAGGGGCAGAGAAGGAACUGGAGGGCGAGCGGCUGAAGGUCGAGGAAGACGGGGGCAGUGAACACGAACAGAUUGGACAGGACGGAUACCAGCAACAGGACGAGACAGGGGAUAAGAAAAUAACAGAUACGACAGGGGAGGAAGAGAAAAUACAAGCAGUGGAUGACCGGGGAGGAGGGACGGAAGAAGGGAAGGAAACCGGCCCGGGGACAGGGGGGGAAACCGGGGAGGUCGGGGAGCGGGUUGAGGGGUCGGCUUGACAUAGGACCAGGAGGAAGAUGGGAUAUUUCCAGUGGAAAUGAUUCGGGUGACGCGGCGCCGGGCCGGGUGACGUCGUGCGACUUGAUGCGACGCGGACGAGCGACGCCGGGCGACGGCCGCUAGCGACGGCGACACACGAUGCCAAAGAUUAAUUUUAUAAAGUUAAAAUAUACGAGUGCCUUACUGGUUAGCGUGUUUUGUUUGUCGGAGACAGAAGAGGAUCGCGUCCGGGCGCUCUCUCGAGCGGCCGGCCAGGUACCGUGCACGAUUUUACUAUUCGCUCUAUCGUGUCGGAUGGGAGCGCGGUCACACGGACUCGACGCUCACGACCUCGUCCGCCUCGAUCCGAUCCGAGCCGAUCCGACACGAUACGACUCUAGCAAUGUGUGCAAAGGCCUCGACGCCGCGUCACCCGAACUCGCCCCUGGACCACGGCCGACCCUCGCCCGCCGCCCGCCGCCGCCCAACGUUGAACAAACUCACUCUAUCGAGGUUGCGACGAGUCGUAUUCUUGCUCUGUAAUAUUCGUUAGUUUCCGCGGCCGCUCGUCUCUCACUCCACGGUGGAGGCUGACCGCACUCGGACCGCUCGGUCUCCGAUACUAACAACGAUAUCUUAGAUACACCCUCCAUGUAACAUUUUAGUUUAGGGAUCUUUAUAAUAUUGAAUAUAUUACUUCGAGGAUUUUUAAAUCGUUUAAGUGUUUAUAUAUGUAAAAUAUAUAUAUAUAUAUAAAAAUUGCUCUAUAGGGGGAUUAGAUUUUAAUAAAGAAUCACAUAAUGUUAGCUCACUGUGUAGAUAGUCAUAGGAAGUGCAUGCUUGAUGUUUGUCAUAUUUGUGCUUAAAUAAAUAUUUGUAAAAUUCAA